AAUAACAAAUAUCUAAUGAAAAUUUGAAGGUGAAAAGAGCAGAGCAUUUCAUGUACUUAAAUUCACUCUCUCUGGGAUCUGGGCUGUCGGGGAGACUGCUUCAAUCAGACUGAAACCCAGCUUUCAUGGGUCCUGUGUGAUGGUGGAGAAGAUGAAGAGAAAAGACUAAAUCACACAGCAUGGUGGCAAACAUUCCCUGGGUUUUCAUUCUUUUCAUGGCUCCUUCUAACCUGACGGUGAGCUCCUAGGGGCAGAGACAGCCAGGAUAACCUUUAUUUUUCUUAGUAUUCCCCAAAGCUCACCAAGUGACACAAAAAGGAGCCCUGGAGAAGGUCAAUGGAUGGCUAAAUAAAACUCACUCCUCAGAAUGUGUGAGGACUGAGCCCUGAUUUAGUGACUGAGCAACACAAGAGAGAUCCCAGUUCCUCUCACCAUAGGUUUCUCGUCUCAUCACCUCACCCCGCCUCCUGCAUGUCUAUUCACAUGGUGGCAGGGAUAUGCUUUGUGGGUUUUUACACAGACCAUAGCUACAGAAAGGUGAGUCCAGGAAGCAAGAGGAAAGUACCUACUCUUCUGUCUGGGAACACUUAGGGGUGUGUAUAGUCAGAGUUCUCCAGAAAAACAGAACCCAUGAGAGACACAUAGAUAAGCUGCAGGUUGAUGUCAGGCCCAACCCCCAAAAGCUGGGAAGAGGAAGCAAGCAUUUGCUAACGGUUGUUCCAGGCUCUUCCAUGUUUUGCUGGCCAAGAAGUAAAGUAUUUUGAGCACCACAAUGGAGGAAAUUCAGUCAGGCAACUGCAGAACCCAGACUUCACUGAAGGAUUGUCUUUUUUCGGCUUGCACUUGAAGGUGAAUGGAGGACGGAGAACUCUUGGCUGUUCUACCAUCAGCUCUGCCUGGCACUGUGGUCAUCAACUUUGCUUAGACCAAAAGCAGGCAGUGAGGUCAACAAGAACUCUCUGGAGAAAAUCCUUCCACAGCUGAAAUGCCAUUUCACGUGGAAAUUACUUAAGGAAGAAAGUGUCUCCCAUGAUCUAGAAGAUAGAGUGUGUAACCAGAUUGAAUUUUUAAACACUGAGUUCAAAGCUACAAUGUACAACUUGUUGGCCUACAUAAAACACCUAGAUGGUCAGAACGAGGAGGCACUGGAAUGCUUGCGGCAAGCUGAAGAGUUAAUCCAGCAGCAGCACCCUGACCAAGCAGAAAUCCGAAGCCUGGUCACCUGGGGCAACUACGCCUGGGUCUACUAUCACAUGGACAGACUCUCAGAAGCUCAAGUCUACGUAGACAAGGUGAAACAAGUGUGUGAGAAGUUUUCAAAUCCUUACAGCAUUGAGUGUCCUGAGCUUGACUCUGAGGAAGGGUGGACCCUGCUACAGUGCGGAGCAAAGCAAAAUGAAAGGGUGAAGGCGUAUUUUGAGAAAGCUCUAGAAGAGAAACCCAACAACCCAGAAUUCUUCACGGGGCUGGCAAUCGCCAUGUACCGUCUGGAUGAUAAACCACCGAAGCAGUUCUGUGUCAGUGUUCUGAAGCAGGCCGUUGAGCUCAACCCCGACAAUCAGUACAUCAAAGUUCUCUUGGGCCUGAAAUUGCAAAAGAUAAAUAAAGAAGCUGAAGGGGUGCUGUUGAUAGAAGAGGCCUUGGAGAAAGCUCCUGGCCAAACAGAUGUCCUCCGCAGUGCAGCCAAAUUUUACCAAAGAAAAGGUGAUCUAGACAAAGCAAUUGAACUGUUUCAAAAGGUGUUGGAAUCCUUGCCCAACAAUGCCUACAUCUAUCGCCAGAUCGCAUGCUGCUAUCGGGCAAAAGAGAAACAAAUGCAGAGCACAGAGGACUCUGAAGCUGGUGGGAAUAGAGAGAAGAUGGAAGAACUACAGAAAUCCGCUAUGGACUAUUCGAAUAAAGCUAUUGAGAAGGGACUGAAUCCUCUGUAUGUAUAUUCUGAUCUCACUGAGCUGGAAUCAGAAGAAUGUUAUCAGACAGCUUUCAAUAAGGCGGAGAGAAAACAACUGCAUCAGGGCUAUUCCAACUUUCAGGAGCAAAAUGGGAAGUCUGAAGACACUCCUGUCCAGCAUCAUUUAAGCACAAAAUCUACUGCGAACGGAGCUGAAAGGCAGCUUCCACGGAAUUCUUGGUAUCUCCAAGGAUUAACUCACAAGCUGAAUGGAGAUCUGCUGCAAGCAGCUGAAUGUUUUGAGAAGGAACUGGGCCACCUCCUGAGGAACAGCCCUUCCGGCAUAAGCAGUUUUUUCCUGCCAGCAGAGGAGCUUGAAGAAGGCAGAGAGGAAGUGGGCCAGGGCGCAGGCAGCUCCACUCUCAGCAAGCUCUCUGAUCCCUCAGCUGACACAGAGGAGUGAAAGGAACAGAGAGGGGGAAGCCUGGAAUGGUGGUUGUGAGGGGGAGAAGGGUGGAAAGGCAGGAGUUCCCUAAUCUGAGCUUGAUGAGUGAGGUGGUCUUGUUUAUGGCUUCCCAGUACAUUGUUAGUUGUUUUCUAAUGUCUGUCUCCCUUGUUCCACACCAGCCACACUCAAUUGUCUUGUAACAUAUGACACCCAGGAACAGCGCUUCAGCCCUGGGAGAUGUGAUUAUCUCAGUUUGCACUCAGUUCACCAGAAAUCCCCCGUUUCUGCCCUGCUUGCCAAGGGUCAUAGCUGGUAGACUGCCUACCAACAGAAUCUCACCUCCUCACCCCAUUACUGUUUAACCUUCUGGGCUUCCUAGAAGACUAGCUUUUGACUAACCCUGCAAUAUACCUUCCAUGCUGUGCUUGACCUCAGCCAUGUAUAUAUAUAUAUGUAUUUUUGAUAGUGUUACUAUAGUAAAUACUAGUAUGUAUUGUUGCUAGUAAUGCUACAAUAAAUGUCAAAAUUUCUACUCAGGAUAGAA